AUGGUCUCAGACACCGAUUGCCUCGAACACGCUGCCGCGUCCACUUCCGCCGCCGAUAAAAGUCACCCCGCACCGCCGGCACCUUCAAACAUUGUGAUCUCUUACAGAAAUAACGAUUCUCUCUCCAGCGGUGGCGGCAUCAGCAUUCUAUCUGGAAGUCGAAAUGGAAAGAUCAGCUAUGGAUAUUCCAGUUUCAAGGGUAAAAGAGCUUCGAUGGAGGAUUUCUUUGAGGCCAAAAUAUCAGAGGUUGAUGGUCAGAUGGUUGCAUUUUUUGGUGUUUUUGAUGGCCACGGAGGUUCACAGACUGCAGAAUACCUGAGAAAUAAUUUAUUCAAAAACUUGAGUAGCCAUCCCGACUUUAUCAAAGACACUAAGACAGCUAUUGUUGAAGCUUUUAAACAAACUGACGUUGAUUACCUCAAUGAGGAAAAGGGACAUCAAAGGGAUGCCGGAUCCACUGCAUCAACAGCUGUAUUGUUAGGCGACCGAAUUCUUGUUGCAAAUGUUGGUGAUUCCCGAGUAGUUGCUUCUAGAGCUGGUUUAGCUGUUCCUUUAUCUAUUGAUCACAAACCUGAUAGAUCUGACGAGCGUCAAAGGAUUGAACAAGCUGGGGGAUUCGUAUUAUGGGCAGGAACAUGGAGGGUCGGUGGUGUUCUUGCUGUUUCCCGUGCAUUUGGAGACAAGUUUCUUAGACCAUAUGUUGUUGCCGACCCAGAAAUUCAGGAGGAAGACAUCGGAGGCGUGGAUUUUUUAAUAGUAGCUAGCGAUGGCCUUUGGAAUGUUAUAUCAAACAACGAGGCGGUGUCUUUAGUACAAAAUAUCACUGAUGCAGAAGCUGCAUCUAAAGCACUUAUUAAAGAAGCUUAUAGUCGAGGAAGCUCCGACAACAUCACCUGCGUCGUUGUUCGAUUUGAUCCAUCCUGA